AUGAUGAUAUGUGUGGUACUACUAACCCAUCUGUUCGUUAUCAGUGGAGUUUUGUAUUUUUGUGCGAAAGAAGCGGCCGCAAAGCCAUCGGCGAAGAAAUCUAACAAAGAGAAGUCGACGAUGAAGAAGGCGGACGAUAAGACGGAAGAAGACGGUCCCAAGAAGAAGAAGGCAAGCAUUGCUACACCUGUUGAGGGUACUCCAGGUAGUAAACGAGUAAGUUUGAGGUUGUAUUCGAUAAUAUUGACCUUAUAUUAUAGUAGGUAACAACUGAUGUUGUAGUCGGUAGUAUCAGCUAUAAAAUAUUUAUUGUAAGCUUGAUUUUGUAGUAGGACUUUAAUAUUAUUGUAUUUAGUAUUUUUAUUGAUAUGUAGUGAUUCUGGAGCUUCGUAUUCGUGUAACAUUUGCUUUUCAGGGAAACGAUGAUGGUGAAUACGAAGAGAAUGAGAAUCCAGAAGAAGCGAUUGAAGUGAAAACAGUCGGAGACAAGACCGUGUAUCUGAAGGACGGCAAGGUGGUCAAAGUGGAGAAAGGCGACAAAACGGCCGACACCAAAAGUUCAACUUGA